CCCUACCGUACGGGAAUUCGUCCAGACCUCUUGGGGUCGACGUUCCGGAAAAGUCAUGACGUUCGGGGUUUGGGCCGCCGCGUGUACCAUCCUGUCCUCGCGGCUAUGGCGGCUGGCGCGGCGCGUGGCGCCUGUGCUGCUGGCGGCGCUGGGAUGGCUCCUGGCGGUGGCGCUGGCGGCGCGGCGGGCGCUCCUCCUGUCGCAGGCGGCGGCGGUCGAGGAGGCGCUGCGCCUGCUGCCCCCGUGGGUGCCCAUGCCGCUGGCGUGGAUGGCGGCGUGGCGGCUGGCGCGGGUGCGCCGCAGGCGGUGCUUCAGCCUCCUAAUCUGGCUCAGCUUGAUGAAGAGGGUCUGGCGCGCUGGUGCGCGGAGCAUCGUCAGCGGCUGGAGUUCUGGCAGGAGCUCCAGCGGAUCUACGUCAGCGCGGUCAAGGAGGACGACGCCGAUUCAGAGAUGGCUUCAGAGUAUGGUGAUGCUCAGCGUGAUGAGUUGGAGUCUCUGCGCAAGCGGGCACGUGAAGGGCCCCUCGAAGCUACACAGCAAGAUCGUAUGGAGAAGCUCUUGGUCAAGUCCGCCAAUUGCAAAGCGGUCAAGCGGCUGCGAACUAUCCGCGAGGACACGGCCUCGAGUUUUGGCAGAGUGCUUCAGCAGGCGGUCCCUGCCGGCGGCGUGGCCCAAGUCCCUGUCCCUGCAGAUGGUGUCGAUGACGGACUACGUGAGGCGGCGGCGGCUGCUGGUGGUGAGGCCCCUGUUGCGCAAGCCCGUUUUUAACAGGCACACUGGUGGUCACGAGGCGGCCACCAGUAUCGAUUUCCUUUUCUGUAAUAUCACCUCGUGGAACGAGGUUGCCGUCUCGUUCGCUUCCAGCGUGCGAGCCAGUUGUGACGGUUUCUUCUUUGCCGAGCAUCACCUGGAUUGUGAUCGGGUGAAACUGGCGAAGAGGCGAGCGCACCAGCUGAAAUGGCGACCCCAUUUCAUUCCUGCUACGCCCUCCCCAGGGGGUGGAACCCAUGGUGGGGUGGGGGCCGUAGUGUCUCGGGGAUUGUCGUUUCAACGUUUUUUGCAUUUAGACGGUCCAGUGCAGGACCAUGGCUCUGGAAGCCAUUGGAUGUUUCUUGAGUUACGCACCAAAAAAGCGGUGAUCGCUGUGGGCGUUGUUUAUUUGGUGUCGGGCCUGGGAGUCUGUGGAGAGAAUGUGAACAGAUUGCGAGGUGUCUCGGAG